AAUUAAAGAUGAUGGCAUUCAGAGCCCUUGCAUGGAUAGCGUUGAUUUUGUUGGGUUUGAGUAAUGUGAAUGGGCAGCUGAAUUCGACAUUUUAUGACAGUACUUGUCCAAAUAUGUCGUCGACAAUCCAGGCGGUGGUGAAACAAGCAAUCGCCAAUGAAUCAAGGAUGGGCGCAUCUAUAGUCCGUCUUCACUUUCACGAUUGCUUUGUUAACGGGUGCGACGGAUCGAUACUCUUGGACGACUCGGUCAACAUAACAGGAGAAAAAACCGCUGGACCGAACAAUAAUUCUGUAAGAGGAUUCGACGUGAUCGAUACCAUCAAAUCCCAAGUCGAAGCAAUGUGCAGUGGAGUUGUGUCUUGUGCAGACAUUCUCGCCAUUGCUGCUCGUGAUUCUGUGGUUGCGUUGGGAGGACCAUCAUGGAAAGUACAGCUGGGGAGGAGAGACUCGUUAACUGCAAACCUAAGCGGUGCAAACAGAGACCUUCCAUCUCCAACAUCGAGCCUCAACACACUUAUCUCAGCAUUUAAUGCCAAGGGUCUUUCUACGAGGGACAUGAUUGCCCUUUCAGGUGCUCACACAAUCGGUCAAGCACGGUGCACCACUUUCAGAACUCGCAUCUACAAUGAAACCAACAUCAAUAGCACAUUUGCCAGUUCUGUGCAGGCUAACUGCCCUUUCAGUGGUGGAGACAACAAUCUGUCACCCUUAGAUGUACAAACUCCCACUACCUUUGAUAUCGACUACUAUACAAAUCUGAUGAGCCAGCAAGGACUUCUCCACUCCGAUCAGGAGCUUUUUAAUAAUGGAUCAGCUGAUUCUCAGGUUACUACUUACGCUAACAACCAGACUACCUUCUUCAGCGAUUUUGCAGCUGCGAUGGUGAAUAUGGGAAAUAUAAGCCCUCUCAUUGGCAGCAGUGGACAAGUUCGGACCAGCUGUAGGAAGCCCAAUUGAAUGGUGUAAUAAUUUCUCAAGUAUUCUCUAGCGAAUUAAGUUAUUUGAUGCAGUUCAACAUAUUGUGGGUACGUAAAGGUUGAGAGCGUACAUGAAGUACGACAUUUAU